UUCCAGCAACAGGUGUAGGCAAGGAGCCAACUGUGGUGGGCAACGGGAUGAAUGCGGUCUGGGCAGAGAUCGCACAAGUCACCAUGGACACUCCAGGGCGGCCACCAUUCCUUCCCACAAGGUCUGAGGGGCUUCCUAAAGUGGGGACCAUUGCAGACAAAACGCAGCAGCUGGGAAUCCCAGAACGCCGUGUGUCCUUGUAUGCAGAGGGAGCAGAGGGAAGGCUCAGUCACCAGGCACCUCACACCCAGGUACCUGAUGCUCCAAGGCUCUGGGCCUAGGGCUGCAAUAGCCCCAAGCCCAUCCCCUGCCCAAGGCCAAGCCAUCUUUGGGAGAAGCAGAGAGGUGAGCUGUUUAAACCUAAAUGCUGGAGCACUGUCCUCUAGCCACACAGGAUAGUAAGUGCUGCAUCAGACAGCGCACAGAACCAGGGCCUGCUCCCAGGGCAGCAGGGGCCGAGUCAGCAUGCCAGUCAGGCCUCCCCGCAUGGGCAUAUCUCCUUAGAACAAUGGCCUCUUCUGUGGGCACUGCUGCAGAGUCCAUCUCUCACCCGCCCGGUACCUAGGCAGCCGGCAAGUGGCUCGCAGCCCCCAGGGCUCACCUGAGUUUAGGCCCUGCUUAGGGGAGAGUCCACACUGCCUACCAGAGGCUCUCAGGGCCUAGACCAAGCCUGCUUCACUCUGAGGCCCCCCCGAACCCCGUCAACACACCACCAUCACCUGUGCCUCGGUAACCUCAUGAACCAAAUGCUACUGAGCUGUGCAGACCCCACAGCUCACGUGAAUGAGGCCUCGGGGACAUGAGUCCAGGGGCUGCUCCUACCCCUUGGUUCCGGGCCAAGGGUGCGUGAGCAAAGCCAGCAGGGACCAGCCUAGCUGGGAGCCUUCCUUAGAACUCUCUCUCUCUCACUUAAGUCAGGAAUGUUUGGUAUCUGGAGAGCUUCCAGACUAUUCCUGGCUGGAGCGCCAGAUUAGUAACACCAGCCCUUCCAGGGACCCCAUCGCCUGCCUGGCCUGCAUUCUGCCUCCCGCCCUGCAAAAGGGAGGUGAAGGGGCAGGGGUGUCCACGGCUUCCUGUUUCCUUUCUAGCUGGGAGGAGGAACAGCAGGCAGCAACCUCUGCCUUGUCCGUGCCCCUUCACGGACCUGUGGCCAAGCUGCUGAGGUGCCUGGGGUGGCAUUCAACUCCACUGGGAGCCACUAGGCCCUGCACACAGCAGCCCCCCUAGAGAUCCGGCUGCCUAGAGGCCAGCGGGCCGCCAACCCUCAAGGCUGCUGAGGCCACUGCCCCCAUGUCUCUGUAAUGGAAACUUCUCAGCUGCUCUGUGAGCAAGAGCUCCAGUUCCUGCCUCAUGUGGGCUCUGAUCGGCAGCAGAUCGCAGGACAAGGCAAGUGAGCCACCACACACAAGGCAGAUACAGUGCCACAGGAACCCAGCAGAUCCUGGCCGCGGAGGACCAAAAAGUGAGUGCUGGCAGAAAGGACCAUGUGCCAGUAAAUGAGGUCUGCAGCUCAAGUCUUGCGCCCUGAUUCCCACCCGCGGACACGCCAACCAACCAGAGAGAAUGAGGGGGCCACGUGGGGCUCACAACCUCCCCGGACUGAGAGGGGUGGUGACAGGAAGUGCCCUCCCUCUAUCCUGAGACCCAGACGGCAGGAAUGUGGAUGCCAUGGGGCUGAGCCACAGAGAACUUCAAGGCACGUGCGCUUCCGAGAGCCCCUGGAGGUAGCUGUGCACUACAUUGCCCGCAAGGACACCACAGCUGCUGUCAAGGUGCCCAGCCGACCAGCUUCCCGUGGUGGCUCUCUGCUCCAGCCAGCGUCCUGCAGUGGCUCCCUAUUCCUGUGGCUGACUCUGUGUGUUCUGCUUGGAGUGGUGUUAGGCCUGUACUGUGGCCAGGCCAGUCACGUCACAGUAGCCCUGGAGGACCUCUGGGGCUGGCUCCUCGUCCUCGUCUUGCGCCUGUGGCAUGUAGUCCUUGCCUGUUGGCACUGCCUCCUGCGGCUCUGACACGUGGCUGAAUGGCAGUUACACCUCUGACCAUCGCCGGAGGGUGAUGUUGGAGUGGGGCGGGUAGGGGGGUUUGGGGGCCAUGGUGGUAUAGCCCAGGCACCAAGACUAGCCCCAAGACAGAGCUCUGCUAUCCAGUGCUUGACAAACCCAGGGGCUCCAAAAGGCUGCUGUUGUGGAUUAAGUGGGGAAAGGGGGUGCCUCUGGCUUGAUGCUACAAGUAGCCCCUACACCAGUCAGCACAGGCUGGGAUCUUGGGGCUUUAAGGUUGUACCAGAGAAAGAAAAGUAUAUAUAUAAAUACUUUUGUUCUGAGAAGUCCCACUUCCAGGGCCACAGACAAGUCCAAGGCCAUCAGGCCUGCCUUGUCUCCUGAACCCCUGGAGACAUAGUUCUGUCGUGCAUAUUGCAAGGUCAAGGGAAGCAAGCACAUCGUACUGAACUUCAGGACCCCCUAGACCUGCCUGGAGGGGGAGCCCUGAACACAGUGAGGAGGCCCAGUCAGACCCAGGAGGAUCCACCAGGGGGACCCUGCACCACCCUGGAAUAAACUUCUGAUCAGGGGUUGGGGGGGGGGAGGCUUGUGGUUGUCCUCUUAAGGUGUCUCCCUACUUGUGUGGGCAGAAACAGAUUCCAUAUUAAAACACCCACACCCUCUUCACCUCAGGAUUAUUACAGAAAUGAGGGACGUAACACAGUUAUUGUCGAAUCCCUUCAGGGCCAAGCAUGCUCAUCUAGACAACAGAGCAUACCCUCCACCCACCCCUACAAUCCACAGGUCCUUUGCAACUGUCAUUCAUGAGAAUUUGGGGGCCCCACCAUGCCUCCAGGACCACAUCCUCCCCAGAAAGGUGUGCCCAGAUUUCUAGCUCACUGGGAUGCCAUCUGCUCCUCUCUGGCCUUCAGGUACUCCACACAGUGGUCUCCAGCUAUAAAGUUUGAGGGCACAGUCAGGGAGGGGCCAGUGGAGAGAAACCCUGCUUCCAGGAGUGGUCUAGAGAGGACCAGCCUGGGAAGCCACUCACCAGGAUCAGCCAUCACUGUGGCUGCUGUUGCCUGCCCCAGCCCAGCUGCCCCAGCCCCCAAUCAUCUCAUCCCACUCUGGAAAAGACAGGCUCAUUACGGGCCUGUGAUUCCAGCUAUGGAAACAGACACUAAGAGAUGAGAUGGAAGACCUUGAGGUCACCCUUCCGUCCCUGCCUCUGAGAGUGAAUACCCUCUAGGAAGGGGAUUGGUCACCCCAUGUUUUACAACAGAGAACCGUGGCUUCCCACCCCACAGCCAGCAUUUGCUUCAGAGGCCACAGAAAAAGUGUGCCCAGCUCUGUAGGGGCCACAGAACCCUACCCUAGCUAGUUUGGGUUUUCCGUUUGCCUUGUUUCCUUUUCACAGUGCUAACCCAGCACUGCUAGGCAAACGGUCUGCCACCGUGUUACAUCCCCAGUCCUGUUUUGUUCCAGAAUAAAUGUCCAAAGACAUACACAGAGA